AUGCUUCGUCUAGCGGUCUUUGUCGGCGUCUUCGCCUUUUCGUUGGCAGCAGCUCCGAGACGGUUGACUCGAGCUGCAGCUGGAGGAGAACACCAAGAUGGAGAAGCACAAGUUACCAUAGUAACCUGGUUCGACUACGAAGCAAACAUGGUUCCUUAUUUUCUGCAGGCAGUCAGAUCAAAUGUGGAGCAGCUUGAGGAAAGCCAUGAUGUCUUCUACGAUCCUCGGCUGAUCGAUUUGAAAGCAGAGAGCAUCGAUGGAAAGUAUGCUGCCGUCUAUACCAUCCGUGGCAUAAAAUGUGAAAAGUUGGACGGCUUCAUCUCAGCAAUCAAGAAUAUCAAAUCACUCACUGCGCGAGUCAUCGUCACUUGCGGAGGCGAAACAAGGGAUUUUUAG